AUGGCCACCAUGCUUCGAUCUCUCCUACCACGUCGUUCCUUUGCGUCUUCCUUCUCUUCCAUCUAUCAACGUCCAUCCUUCUCUACAUCAUUAAACGCUGCUACUUCAUCUCUACAUGAUGUAGAUCAAUCAAGUAAUUCCCACAAUUACAUUAAAGCACGAUUGGAUUAUAAAACACUUGUGAAACAUGUUGAUAAUGCAAUUGAGAAUGUCAAGAAACGAUGUAGUGAUGGAAAUCCACAACGUGUUGUUGAAUUAUAUCAACAGCAAGUGAAAUUACGUCAUACUGUCAAUGUAUUACGGAAUGAACGUAAUAAACAUGCAAAAGAACUACAGCAAACAACUAAAACAACAUCCGAAGCAAUGAACACGAUUCGAAGACGUGGACAAACACUAAAGCAAGAAAUUCUACGUCUUGAAACUGAAUUAACACAUGUAUCAACUGAAUUGGAGCUUGAAGCAUUGAAAUUACCCAAUAAUACACAUCCAAAUGUUCCAAUUGGUGGUGUGAAUGAGUCUCAAGUUGUUUCUAUUCAUGGUGAAAGACCUACGUUUAAUUUUCCACCACAAGAUCAUGCUGAUUUGGGUCUUCACUUACGUCUCUUUGAUACACAAUUGGGUGCAAAAGUAGCUGAAUCGAAAUUCACUUACUUAUGUAAUGAAGGAGCAAUGAUGGAACUUGCAUUGAUCCAUUAUACGCUUACAAAGUUACAAGCACGUGGUUUUACAAUUAUUUUUCCACCUGAUGUAGCUCAUGAAAAAUUAAUUGAAGGAUGUGGGUUUCAACCACGUGGUGAAGCGACACAAAUGUAUUCCCUAGCAAAUUCCAACUUGUGUCUUACAGCAACAUCGGAAAUUACACUUGCAGCCAUGAAAAGUAAUCAAGUGAUUCCAACAACAUCAUUACCAUUGAAAUAUGCAGGUUUAAGUCAUUGUUUUCGUACGGAAAUUGGACAUGGUGGACGAUUAACACGUGGAAUUUAUCGGAUUCAUCAAUUUAGUAAAGUGGAAAUGUUUGGCUUUUGUGCGAAUGAGUUUCAAAGUCAAGUCUUUUUUGAUGAAAUGGUCGAGAUUGAAAUGGAAAUAUAUACUGAACUUGGUUUACAUUAUCAAAUUGUGAACAUGGCAACAAGUGAAUUAGGAGCUCCAGCAUAUCGUAAAUAUGAUUUUUUAGCUUGGAUGCCUGGUCGUCAAACAUUUCAAGAAACAUUCAAGUGA